AUCACAUGUCAGACUCAAAAAGACAAACAUUCAGAAAUUAUAUCUUCCACACGUAAUCAGCGCUAGCAGUGAAUUGUGCGUUGAUUUUCUGACCAAGAUUGUGCCCCUUUUGACGUUGUUUUCCUUGUUUCGCCUUACUGUUACAACCUCGGUUGCAAGAUCCUCUCUGAAAGUCAAAUCCAAGAUGAAGGAUCCACAGUUUUCAAUAAUGGCAGACCACCCCAUUAAUUUUGAGAACCCAUUAAUUUGACUUUGAAAUGGAUCAUCAAACAUCUCUCAGCGUAUGGCGUAGCAGAAUCUCUUGAACUAGGAGAGAGAGUGGUUAAAAAUGCAAACAACGUUUCUACAUUGUCGAGUACGAGAUAACGCAAUGGAGGUUUCUGACAGCUCAAAAGUGCUAUGCAUUCGCAUGGUAUUGUUUUCAAUCUAUGUUUUGGCUGGAGCUGCCGUUUUUCAAGCAAUUGAAAGCCAGGAACAACUCCAAGAGAUAAGAAGCCAUCGAGACACAAGGAAAGAAAUUUUGCAGAAAUACAACAUCACUGCAAUCGAUGCCGACCGAUGGAUGGAAACGUUUCCGUCGACUGUCCUGGGAAAUGAGGGUUUUCUGGAAUGGAAUUUUGGAAAUUCUUUCCUUUUCGCGAUGGUAGUAAUAACUACAAUAGGCUACGGUAACAUUGUACCCAAGACAGUGCAAGGUCGUCUAUUUUGUGUCGUCUACGCUUUAUUCGGAAUCCCUGGGACGUGUUUAACUCUCAAAGCCGUCGGAGACAAGAUCGCGGAAAUAUUCACAAGACUCGUUACAACCUUUGAGCAACGUCUUCUAAAACGACCACACCCUCGACAUGUUGAGCUGAAAGUAGCGUCCAUGACAAUUUUUUUAACCGUUAUUCUCCUGUUACCACUGAUGUCUCUUAUAGUGAAAGUGAGACAUCAGGAAUGGACUUUCAUCGAUAGUUUUUAUUUCACGUUUAUAACACUGAGUACGAUUGGAUUUGGGGAUCUUUUGCCGCAGUUUAACAAGGAUGCCGACUACAUUCUUGUGCUCCUAGCGUUUGUGGGUCUUGCCUUCGUUUCUAGCAUUUUCUGUUCAAUGAACACAGUUCUUGAGCAGUAUGGGGUGAGUGCGCGCGUGGUGCAGUCUUUGCGCGAGAAACGCAGAGAUGAGGAAAUGUCCAACGUGGACGAAGGCGCAGAUUUAGACAAGAAGGAUAAAUCUCUGCGCGAUUCAAAUGGUUUCAAAGAUGGCGCUGUAAUGGGGAACGACAAGCAUGUUCUUCAAAACGAUAGUACCGAGAACGAAGAAAAUGGCGACUUGGAAUUAAAACCGCUUUCUAAUCGAAAUAGUUUAAUCAUAGAUGAGGAGGGCAAAAUGGCAAAUCGACGAAAAAGAGGAAGUACCGUCAGUUUAGGAAUAUUCCAAUGCUAAGUGUUUAUAUUACCGCAACAAAAAUUGUAGGAUUAUAUGCAAUGAAUUCGAAAUUUUCACGCGGCGAAGCUGCAAGGUAGUUUCCUGCACGUUUUUUAAUAUUUUAUCGACCCUGCAGAAAAAAUGUUCAAACUGAUGAAAUACACAUCUGAUUAGAUUAAACCUUACAAUGUUUCAGCCAGUUGGGCCCGAUUGGCAAGGUUUCCUCAAGCAGAUAGGUGCUUUUGAUCAUUCAAUUACAGUCUUUAUGAAAUCUCGAUAUAACAAUGAACCAUUUUUAGUUGUGCACUUAGUUGCCAAGCUUUUGAUUUGGAGUGAGGCUGAAGGUGGCCUUGUUGUGAUGGAGACCAGUAUCUAGUUAGCAUAAUAACGAGGUAAUUUACAUUUGAAAAGCAGCAAGGUUUGUAUCUUAACAAGAUCACCCUUAGCUUCACUCCUGUUUAAAGGCUUGGCCACCAAGCACGCAGCUGUCAAAUGAACUAUUCAGGAAAUUAUUGUCUCAGUUAAGGAUAGGAUAAUUUCCGAAUAUUUCAAUGCUAAGAUAAGUUUCGAACCACUUUCGCUUCGUGAUAAAAGUCGAGGAGUUACACAUGGUGAGACUCUGUUGAAACAAAAGAUUUAUCAAAAGCAUGCAGAACAAGAUAUUGCAUUAUUCACAAGAUGGAGUCGACUCGGAGUAAAGGUAUUUAAACGGAAGUCUUUAUAGGGAUAUUAAUGUUUGCUUUUGAUAACAAAUAUUCAAUGUUUAACUCGUCUGUUUAAAAAGAAGGAUCGAAAGCUUAUAACUUACUGUAUUUACUUCACAGCGUACGCAUUGAUAAUUCAUAGAUAGAGUUAAACGAAGAAGCACUUGUGAUAAAUUAUGUUUUACCGAUAAUGUAAAAUCGAAGAGGUUGUUUUUCCGAAACUGGUUGAGUGUUGGAAUGCGCGGCCGCUAAGCUGAAAAUUUGUCAUAAAAUGUCGACAGCCGCCGAGCAAAAAAAACCCGAAAGUAUUUUGGGUUAUGUCGUUUCAAGAAAAGAUAACAGGAAAUUCUGCGACUUUUUUUUCGCUCAGCGUAUUAAAGAAAGUGUGGAGUUUACCAAUCACACGAGAAGAUAAAAGGAACUGCAACGGUGA